AUGCCCCAACUGCAUAGACCCAGGAGAAUAGGCUGCGCCGAGAGCCCCCCGGAGGUCUUUCCGGAGGAAGCCGAAGGAGGCGCCGGGCACGCCAACCCUGCCUAUUCCAGCGGGGAUGAAAAAGGAGAACCCACCCAAGGGAACGACGCGGCGGCGGCGGCGGGGGACGAAGAGGACCAGCCGCUCCUGAGGGGAAUUUUUGAGAUCAAGAAGAAGAGCUGCGACGUGGUGCUGAGCGCCCAGAGGCUUAGCUGGAGCCCUAUCACGCCUGAGAGCCCCCUAGGACAUUCCAGUAUUGGUUUACAGCGUAAGGAAGAAUCUGUUGAAAUGAAAGAUGUAUUUUCCGUAAAAUUGAAACGUCGUCGUUUUGCUGGGCAAGAAAGAGGAGGCACACUAUUAGGAAUUGCUAUUUUUGUGUGUCUAAAAAAAGAAGGCAAUAAACUUAAAGAUGCCACCAUCAAUCUAGGUAACAUAAGUGAAGACCAUUGUUACUUAUGGUAUAGAUCUGUGAAGACCAUUUUGACGGGGUUUCCAAAUCGGCCAAAGUCAUUAAAAGUAUUUAUCAAUCCAACUAGCCAUAAAAAAGAAGCUACUCGGAUUUAUUAUGAGCAAGUUGCUCCCCUCUUCAAACUGGCUGACAUCAUGACUGACGUUACUGUGUACAGGCUGUGA